GACGAAAGACCGUGGGAAAAUGGUAUCGAAUUUGCACAAAGUAAUCAUGGCGGCUGAAAAUGGAACUUGGACAUUAUAUAAUGACAUAAAGACACGAGGUCAAAACUGGAUUAAUUAAUUUAGCCAUCAACUGAAAACAUGUCUGAUAGUGAAUCUGAUAACGAGGAAAUCGCAAAUUUGAGAUCUGAACUUUCUACCGUUCCAUUCUGUGAAUUACAGGCAUUGCAAGAUAAAAUCGGAUUGAAAAAAUUUAAUUCUGCUUUCUAUGGCAAUGUGGAUAUUUCUACAGUUAAGAAUAAGCUGCCUUUGAAAAGAAAGAACAAAAACAGACCACGUGAAAUGUCGUCAAAAAGACCAGUUUCCAUAUUUAAGCAAGCUGCACCUGUUGCAAAAAAGGUAAACAGAGAUCCUAGAUUUGAUAAUCUGUGUGGAAAAUUUAGCAAAGAGCAUUUUGAGAGAGCAUAUUCAUUCGUUGAUGAUAUACGAAGCCGAGAAAAAAAGGAAGUGAAAAAUGCCAUCAAAAAGGAGAAAGAUGUUAAUCAAAAAUCAAAGAUGAACUCACUUCUUCAAAGAAUGGAACAAAAUGAAAAGACACGAAAUUUUAACAAACUUCGACGCGAAAAGAUAAAACAGAAAAGAGAGGAGGAUUUAGCUCUGAUAAAACAAGGAAAACGUCCGUUUUAUUUGAGAAAAUCGGAGAAAAAGAAGUUGGAAUUGGCUGAGAAAUUUAAUAAACUUAAAGAGUCGAAAAAACUCGAGCGAUAUCUAAGUAAAAAGAGAAAAAGGAACGCCACGAAACAACGUAAACUUUUGCCAAAAGAAAGGUUGUAAAUUACCGUAGAAAGUUUUUGGUAAUUGUCACACUGGCAGUUGAUGGACGAGAUAGCAAAUAAUCAGAUCUGUACAGCCACUCUCAAAACAACAACAGCUGCUGACAUUGGCUUCCCACAAUUUCUUUUGCGAAGUCUAUGUUUGUAAUGAAUUGUAAGAUUAAAACAAAGGUUAAAUAUUUAAA